AAUAAGAAUAGUAUAGAUAUAUUAAGAGUCAUAGGUUUUUCGUUUUUUUCUGCAUUUUUAAGCCCUAAAUAUAAACUUUAUUCAUGUAACAAUACUGCCUUUCCAGUUCCUUCAGUAGAGUUGGGUCAAAUAAAUAUAUUUUUAAGAAGCAGCGCUAGUUUUGCAAGGGUUGAUAAAAAAUUUUCUACUACAUAGUUCAAUUUGUAUUGCUAUCGUACUAUAUAAAUGAGUUCUAAUCAAGAAAGGGAGAGGGAUCCGGAGACACCGACGACACGAGCGUCAAUUGGAUCUCCAGGUUUUGUUCCCCCUGUCAUUUUCGCUGGACUCGCUUCACCAAGUGUCACUGGAACAUCUAUCACUCGACAAUCUGCGAACGAGGUUUCAAGACAAAAUCAUUCAAGAAAAAGACGAAUUGUACGCUGUGAGACUACCGAUUCAGGUUUUGAAACCGAGCAAAUACCCGAUUCUGAAAAGAAUUCGUCUUUCACUCCUUCAAUUUAUCCUAAACGAUCAAGUACACUCGAUUCCAACGUUUCUGUGGAUUCAAGUGCGCAAUAUCUUUUGCAAGAUUCUCCAUUUUCAAAAUCAUUUACGCAAGAGACUUGUUUGACAAAUGAAAAGUAUAAAUUUACCUCUCGAUCAUCAAUGUCUUCUAAUAGACUUUCAACACCAAGGUUACCAAAAUCAAUUCGUACAGAAGAGAGCCGUUCUUGUCUUUUAAAUCAAAUUUCAGAUUUAACUGCCGCAUUGUCCCAUUCAAAAGCUAGAGAAGUUUUUUUUCAUGAAUCACAGGAAGAGCUAUUAGCUCAAUUAGCCGCGAAAGAUUCACAACUUAAGGAAAAGGACGAACAAUAUAUGUUAUUAGAAAAAGAGAAUUCCCGUCUAAAAGCAAAUUUGAGAGAAUUGGUGGAUGCAGGCGUCACUGCUCCAGUUGAAAAUAAAAAAAAAGAAGAUUCACAUAUUGCUCUGGAUUCAACUGACACAACUAAUGACACAACUCCUACACGAAGUAGUAAAAAAAGCUGGCUCUCGUUAUUUACUGGUGGUGCAGCUUCUCUCGAUACCAGUUUUUCUAAAGAACAAAACGAAGCUGAUUCCAAAUCGGUUUCCGAACAAAUUUCUGAAGCACGAAAAGUUUAUAAAGUUUUACAAGGAACAAAUACUUACGUGCAGAAUGUUCUCAAGCGAAACUCAGAACUUGAGUUGCGGUGCAAGCAACUUGAAGAAGAAAAUGACAAUCGUAUAAGAUUACUUCACGAGGAAUCAAGUGUUAUUCGUCGGGAACUAGCAGACAAAGAAAUUACAUUAUCACAAACUAAACGGGUUUUAGAUGAACAUAAAAAAGAAAUCUUUGAUCUUCACAAGGAGCUUCGGGAUAUGCAUGAAAAACAAGGAUCUCAUCGAGUUUUACUUCAUGAAUAUCAAGAUGCAAAAGAAGAAAUCGAUUUUCUUCGCGAUGCUUUGGCUGCAGAAAAAACAGAACUUCAAAAAAAUGCUAUUGAAUGGGAGCAAGAAAAGAAACUACUUAAAGCUGACUUAGUUUUCGAACGCUGUCGCCACAAUAGCACAACGGCAAACGAAGGAACAGAUACAAAUCUUGGAUCGUCUUCAUGCGUCUUAGCUCUUCGAAUAGAUGAAUUAGAAACCACACUUACAAGCAUUCGUCAGGAAGUGUCAGAAAAAACAGCGUUAUUCGAUGAAAAAAAAAUGAUAAUGCAGAAGAAGUUGAGAAAAAUGACGCAACAAUUUGAAAUAUCGAAAAAGAGAGAAUACGAAAUGCAAAACUUUAAAACACAUUUAGAAGCAGAACUAAAGGUCACUCGGGAUCAGCUGGAUACAUCUCAGAAAACAUUAAUGUUUAUUCGUGAACAAAAUGUUAUUCUUCUAAAUCAAGUUUCCGAGUUAGAUGAUGUAAGAGCUUCGUUAGCGAGUUCGCAACAACAGAUUGAGUCUCAAGCUAAACAAAUAAAUCGACAUCUUAAAACUAUUCGGGAAGCCAACGACCGCUACUCUGAAUUGCUAGAGAGUAAAACUGUAUUGGACUGUGUCCUUCAAAAUCGUCAGAAGGAGAGUGAAAAAAGCUUGGAAGACACCGUGAAGACGCAUGAGCAAAUGUUUGACCAAUCUAGUGCUUAUCGUCAACAACUUGAAAUGGCUACCCUUGAGAUUAUUCAACUUAAAAAAAAACUUGCAGAAAAGAAAGAUAUAGUAUCACAAGAAACAGAAAAAAUAGAGCUGUCUAAAUUAAAGGAAAUUCGACAAUUAAAAGAUGAGAUUGUCAAGAUACGACGUGAAGCAAAUGCAGAACGUGAAAAGGAAGUGUAUGGAUUACGUGAGACGUAUGAGCAAGAACUUUUGAAAAUAAGACAACAAAAAGAUGAAAAAAUGGACGAUUUAAUUCAAAAAUAUGAAAAAUAUAUAAAAGAAUUGAAGGCUAUUCAAGAACAACGAAUCAAGUUUUUAGAAUCUAAUAAGGAGGAAGAAUUGAAAAAGUGCAUGGAAGACAUGACAAAACGUCUUUCAGAUACCCAAUCUUCAAUAAAAGAACGACUUAUGAAGCAAAGGUCAAUGCAUGAAGAGGAGAUAGCAAUUCUUCAAGCUGCUCAUUAUAAGACUCUGCAGACGCAACUUCAGCAGAAAUCCCAGGAGAUCGAUAAACUGAGGCAUGAGCUAACGUUAUUAACACAGAGCUAUGAAGAGCGUUUGACUGUCACCGAGCAAAAGGCUAAUGAAGCGGCGACGUUAUUACAUAAUUACAAAAAACGCAGAGAUGAUACUGAAGUGCAAUGUGAGACUUCUGUAGAAGCUUUGCGAAAGGAACUUGAUUUCACGAAAAAUUCUCUUGCUGAAACCUUAACAAAGUACAACAAAGAAUUGAAAGAGAAGGACGAUGCUACGGAGACGAUUCUAAGUGAAGCUAGGCGUCAGGUUGAAUUGAUGGAAACACGUUAUACGGAAAAGCAGGAAGAAUUGAACCUGUUACGUGAUAAAUUAGCGGGAAUGAUAACAGAAAACACUCAACUUAAAACUAGCAUUCAAGCAUUGCAUUCUAAAUUAGAAAAUUGUGAAAAAAAAAAUGGUGAAGUUUUCGAACAGACUAGUACAGUCAAUACAAAAAUUGAACAUGAUUUAUCUAAUGAAAGCCAAGAAAAAAUGGGAAAACUUCUCGAGAAGUGCCGGUUAUUAGAAGUGACAAAUAAGCAGCUAGAAGUACGAUUGGAGUACGAAACUAAUGCGUUGCAAACUAAAUUCAAUGAACAAGAAGAAAGAAUUCAAUCCUUGUUGCCCAUGCAACAACAUGUGACGAAUAUUCUUGCGCGUAAUACGGAGCUAGAGACAUUACUUGCAAACGAAGGCAAAGAACAUUCAGAAAUGAUAAGUCGGAAAUGUCUUGAAAUUUCUUCAUUAGAAGCUAAAGUAUCACGAAUUGAGUAUCUUUUAAAAGAAAAAGAAAGCGAAAUUUCUCAGUUAAAAGACAAUCUUCUUUUAUUUCAAAACCAAUCUAAGCAGUUUCAAAACUUAUCCUUGAAGGAACAAGAAGCAAAGGAUACUAUUUUCCUUCAGCAACAAAAAAUUGACGAGUUAGUCGAGAAAGUUGAAGAACUUGGUUCUGCAUUGAACGCUAAAGACCAAAAAGAGAAGGCAACAACCGAGUCAAGUGUUGUGGUGAAACAAAAUGUGGAAGACAUUUCACAUGAGUACAUUCAAACAAUGAAAAAACUGGCUGCAGAUUUAUCGCGUGCUUGUAACGAAAAUAUUCGAUUAAAAUCCGAAUUGGAAAAUUUACAAUCUGUAUCAAAAGAUUAUUCUAAAGUUACCCUAGAACACACACUUCAGCUUCAAAAAAUAGAAUCUCAAGAGGAAAGAAUCAUCACGCUACAAGAAAGAUUACAGAGCAAGCAAAGUCUGAUAGAAGAAUUGUCAGAGCAGCUUCGACUCGACGUGAACAGUCUAGGAAAAAAUAGUUCCAUUACGUUGUCCGACACUAAUAUAACAGAACUUGAAACGAAAAUACGUGAACUAACACGAAGAUGUCAAAUGCUAGAUGAUGACAAACAAAAUUGCGAACAUGAACGUCGAGCAGCUGUUCAUCGUUUAGAAUUAGAACAACAACUACUAUCUCAGUGCUUGGAACAAAAAGAGAAGCAAAUGAAGCAUCUUAUUGAAACAAAUAAACGAGCAGAAGUACUUCUUGUAAGAAAUGCUGAGCUGGAAUCUUUAUUGUACUCCUUACAAGUCGAGAAAGAAUCACAUCAUUGUUACAAUUCAAAACACAAUAAAAAUGACUCUGAUACGGAACCCAUCGACGACACUAGUUCGUUCACUUCAGAAUUAGAAAAUUUAAGAAUAACAGUGAAUAAUCAGAAAGAGCAUAUUUCUAAGUUGACAGAAGAUUUACGAGUUGUGAAAGCAAUGUAUACCAAGGAAAUAGAGACACUUACUACAAGAUUGCACUUUGCUGCGUUAGAGCAGUCGUUAGUACCUUCGUCUACAGAAGAUGAUCUGAUGAGGUUAUUAGUUCAAAAAACCACUGAACUACAGCAAGAAGUGAAGAGACUUCAAAAGGAACGGGAUGAAACUUAUCACUCUUCAGCACAUGCUACGGGUAGAAAAUCAAAUGAAUUAUGGAAUGGUGAUGAUAUAGAACAUUUACAAUCAAAAAUCGUAAUCCUCGUAGCUGAGCGUGACAAAUUACGAAAACAAGUUACUCAACUCACGUCAAAUACAGAAUCUGUUAACAAAGGUAGUCGCGACGCAGGGGAAAAUAAACUGGAGAAUCUUAUUGAUGAUGCUUCAUUGAAAUGCCGCUUAGAAGUUCUUUUUGAACGAAUUCGAAGUUUAUUAGAGGUUUCAAUUCCCAAAAAUGAAUCAUAUUCUUGCUUAAGCAAAGAGUUGAAUCAAUGUAUCCUUGAAGCUAAAGCGCUUUUAACACAAGUAGAAACUGUAGACACUAAGAGUCAUGUUUCCAAAUGCUCAACUACUCAAACGACAACGGAAGGUCUAAUGCAUUUAUCAAAUGAAUUUUUAACAGUAUCUGCAGAAAAAAAAACCUUGAAUGAAACUAGUGAUUUGUAUCCUUCCUUAGAUAAUGCUUCUCCCCGUCAUAUUGAGAGUGAACAAUUAAUGUCAUCCAAACCCACACUACAUGAAACUACUCGAGGUUCUUAUAAUAACGGAAUAACUGAUGCGUUAGACGAGGCGAUAGCGCACGAAGGUCACCGUAAAUCGAAACGAAGUCGCCGCAUUAAUCAAUCACACGAGGAGACUGUGGUGAAUUCUCAUAGAAAAGCAACUGCACAUCAAGAAAACUAAAAAUUGUUUCCAUAAUAUCUUUUUCUUUAAAAGAGAUUAAAAUGGUUAACAUUGUAUUUGAAUUUAUUACAAUAUAUAAAUGAAAAUAAUUUGCUUUUAUAUUUACAAAGGAUUUUAGAUUAAUCAUAUAAAUGAUCACGUUCUAAAAUGAACGAGUAGAAAUAACAUAAUUUUCAAUGUGGUAUAACCUUAGACUAAAAUAAAAGCACUA